CAAUUUUUUCCAUCAAACACAACUUACCUUCAACCUGACUCCAAAUUUUUGUUCAAAAAUGCUAUUUCCCAAUAUGAAAAAUGGUUUACUAGCCAUUGUUCUGGCUGGAAUUAUUGCUGGAGCAGUGCCUGUAAGGGCUCAAAACUGUGGUUGUGCAGAAGGGCUGUGUUGUAGCCGAUGGGGGUAUUGUGGUACUGGCGAUGAUUACUGUGGCACGGGUUGCCAACAGGGGCCUUGUAAUCCACCACCAACUUUAAACAAUGUUUCAGUGGCUGAUAUUGUUACACCUGAAUUCUUUAAUGGCAUUUUGGAUGUGGCAGAAGAUAGUUGUGAAGGGAAGAACUUUUACUCAAGAGCAGUAUUUCUUGAAGCUCUCAAUUCUUAUCCCCAGUUUGGCAGGAUUGGAUCAAUUGAUGAUUCCAAGCGUGAGAUUGCAGCUUUCUUUGGACAUGUCACGCAUGAGACUGGACAUUUUUGCUACAUUGAAGAGAUAAACGGUGCAACAAGGGACUACUGUGAUGAGACCAAUACCCAGUAUCCAUGCAACCCUGAUAAAGGUUACUAUGGCCGUGGACCAAUCCAACUAUCCUGGAAUUAUAACUAUGGACCAGCCGGGGAGAGCAUCGGCUUCGAUGGACUAAACUCACCUGAAACCGUCGCCACAGACCCCGUUAUCUCCUUCAAGACCGCCUUGUGGUACUGGGUGAACUCCGUUCAACCUGUCAUAGGCCAAGGCUUCGGGGCAACUAUUCGUGCCAUUAACGGGGCUCUUGAGUGCGAUGGUGGAAACCCUGCCACAGUUCAGAGACGGAUUGAGUACUAUACCGAUUAUUGUAACCAGCUUGGUGUUGAUCCUGGGCCAAAUCUAACCUGCUAGAAUUCAUUUUUUGUCAUUUGCACCCUUCUUUUUCCUAUGAAUUUCAAUUUCAGUUAUGUUUUUCUUGUUUUGGUUACUUGGGGUACGGUUGAAAUAAAAUACUAUAUGUAAUCAUAUUGGAUCGUCUAUUAUAUAUGGAAAACUCUGACUCAGAUAACUUGGGCAAUCCUUUUAACAUACUGAUUGCAGUUUCAUAAAAUAGUCAUGUAGAUGACCUCAUUUUUGGCACAUGGUCUAGAUCUUCUAAAAGGCCAAGUUGUGGAUGCUGACAACUAAAUUAGACAUAUCGAUCGAUGUUGAAGGCCCAAAUUAAAUUUCAGAUAUAUCAAUUGAAGUCUUUACAUGAAAAAUUCUCUUGAAAUUUUUCUCAAACUGAAGCCCAAACCAGAUGCUUGUGCCUAGAUUGUAUCUUGUGAAUUUAAUGUCAUCCCUCUGGUUG